CUCCCUCGUUUUCUCUGCAACUUCUUCUUCCUGCAUCCAUACUACUAUCAAGUCUCAAGUAUUCCAUCUUCUUCUUCGAAGCUACACUCGAUUGUUGACACACGGUUCUGCUUCUCGCAUGGAUCCUUUAUCUGCUCUCCGGGAUUUUACAGUACGAGGCGAGUUGGAUAAAAUCGUUCGGGUCGGCGACGAAUUCCGAUUUGGUAACGACUACGUCUUUUCCUGCGGUGCCGAGACUGCUUAUCGAUCCAAGCAAGGCAAUCUCUACACCCUCGAAACCCUAGUUUAUUACGUCAAGAAUCACCAUAUCAAGCACACUGAGUAUCUACAGAAUGCUCGCACGCAGAAGAUCCCAGCUGUUACCCUACCUGACCGUAAGCCCUUACUCGAGUACCUCCAAGGUAAAGUCUCAUCAAACGAUGCCAUCGAAUUUGUCGUCCCUCAAAACCCCAGAGCCGUCGAUCCCGUACCCAUCGACGUGGAAGAGUAUCGGCCGGAGGAUCCGGGGUUGAUCGGAAUUCGGUCGCCGACCCACGAAGUUGAAGAUGAGAGGUCUAGGGUUAGGGUUCCUGAGAAGGUCGAUUACGUCUCGAUGAUCAAGGCUUGCGAGAGACCCUUGAAGGAUCGGGAGCUGUUGUUGGAGUGUAGACAUAGAGACUUUUAUAGUGUUCUUGUGGCAUCGACGAGGCGGGAGGAGGAACGACAGCGGAUGGAGUCGCAGCAGAGAAAGGACGGGUUGGUGGCCAAGAGCAGGCUGAUGGGAGCGGAUGAUAGAGGUUUAGGGUUUUGGAAGGAUGGGGAGGAUAUGGGUUAUGAUUCCACACCAAAACCAAAGAUGCAUUUGAAGGGGAGUAAGAUUGGUGAAGGUGUUCCGAUAAUUCUGGUCCCUAGUGCAUUCCAGACACUGAUCACGAUUUAUAAUGUGAAAGAGUUUCUGGAAGAUGGGGUCUAUAUACCAACGGAUGUGAAGGUGAAACAGAUGAAGGGAGCUAAGCCAGAUUGUGUAACCGUGCAGAAGAAGUUUAGUCGGGACCGGGUGGUGACAGCUUACGAGGUUAGAGAUAAACCGUCCACUUUGAAGGUGGAGGAUUGGGAUAGGGUGGUUGCAGUUUUUGUAUUGGGAAAGGAAUGGCAGUUCAAGGAUUGGCCUUUUAAGGAUCACGUUGAAAUAUUCAAUAAAAUUAUUGGGUUUUUCAUGCGUUUUGAAGAUGACAGUGUUGAGUCAGCAAAGAUGGUGAAACAGUGGAAUGUGAAGAUCAUCUCGAUUAGCAAGAAUAAGAGACACCAGGACAGGGCUGCAGCUCUUGAGGUAUGGGACAGGCUAGAAGAAUUCAUGCGGUCACGGUCACAUAAUUGAAGUGCCACGUUUAAUUUCUUGAUAUUUAUGAAAAAGAAAAUUAAGUUACAUCAAUCUCUUAAUGUUGCUUGGUUGGACUUUCCCAGUUGGGACGAAACAAAGAUUGCUGAGUGCAGAGAAUGCUUGGAGAUUAGCCAUUGGUUUUCAUGUCUUAAAUGCUGAUUAGGGUUUGGCUUGCAGUUUGAGACACUCUUGGGGAAGCCCUAGCGUAUCUGGAGAAGGUUAUGGUGGCAUAAAGCAUGCUACUUGAGGAUGCUUCUCAUCUAUGUAUUUGCAUUUUGUAGCAAGUGUACAGUAAACUUUGCUUUUCAGUUUUCUGUGUUGUUUUAAGACUUUUGUACCUACCAUAAUGUAUUGAUCUUAAUUAUCUUGAAAAAAACUUCUAGAUGAUUGAAUUUUGCACCAGUUUCAGAAUA